AUGCCACCUCCAAUGACCAAGCCGUCCUCCACGAAACCACAGAUUCCGCAUGCCACAACGCACCCUCAACCUCCAUCCCACGCUUCAAAAUUCUACGCAAAACAACAGCAAGAACUAAUCCCGGCUUGCAUAUUUACGCCCUCUUCACCCCAAGAUCUUUCGACCGGGUUGGGAAUCAUCAAGUCGUAUGGUUGCCAAUUCGCUGUCAGAUCAGGAGGUCACGGGACUCCUGCUGGCUGGAGCAAUGCAGAUGGCGGGGUGAGUAUUGAUUUAGGGGGUUUUAACGAGGUUGAGUUAUUAGAGAGUGGGGUUGAAAGUGAGGGGAAUCAAGGGAUUGUGAGGGUCGGAACUGGAGCGAGGUGGAGGGAUGUUUAUGGGGUCUUGUUGCCGCUCAGUAUAUCUCCUGUUGGAGGGAGGAGCGCUGAUGUUGGGGUCGGGGGGUUUAUUCUUGGUGGAGGCAUCUCAUACAUCUCAAGACGAUACGGGUGGGCCAUCGACAACGUCAAGAACUUUGAGGUUGUUCUAGCAAACGGCACUGUCGCAAACAUCAACCGCGAAUCAUCGCCCGAUCUCUUCUGGGCCCUCCGAGGAGGUGGCAGCAACUUCGGCAUAGUAACUCGCUUCGACCUAGAAACCUACCCCCAAGGCCCAGCCUGGGGAGGAUUCAAUUUCCACCUCAUGUCUCACGCCGACGUCUCUUCUCGGCGCGCUCUCCUGAAUCUCAGCCCUCCCUCCGCAUCAUACACUCUCCAAUCCGUCAUCGACAAAACGGUCAGCUUAAUCUGGCGGACAGCAUGCUUGCUAGGCUACUGUGUCCCCGUCGACACCCUUUUCGAGACAUUCCAAAAUUCCAGCCUCGCCUUGGAGAAUGAUCCUUAUGCACACAUGAUCAUGGCGUUUGUGUACGCCGCUGACGUGAACCUGUAUCUGGGCUGCAGCGUUACGCAGUACACCAAGGAAACCGGCGGUCCAGAAGUCUACAAGAAUUUCAGCGCGCUGCCUAAGAUUUACUCCUCAGUUCGUAGUGGAGGCUUAAACGAAUUUGCUCUUGAGGAUACCUCUUACAACAAGCCUGGCACUCGGAGUCUUUGGAUCACAUCCACGUCCCGACUCAACGCCACUUUGAUAUCUCGGAUCUACGAUAUUUUUCUAGCAGAGAUCGGUCUGGUUCGAUCCGUGAAGGGCGGCGGCAUAGGACUGAACUUCCAGCCUAUCACCCUAGAGAUCGUGCGCCACUUUGGCAAGAAUGGCGGGAACCCGCUUGGGCUUCACGAGGAGGAGGAGCCGUUGAUGAUUAUCGGCCACACUCUUCAAUGGAAGAACGUCGAAGACGACGCCUUGAUGCAUAAAGUGGCCCACACAAUCCUCGACAGAGGCAUAGAGGAAGCCAAGAAGAUGGGAUUGCAUCAUCCAUAUAUCUACCACAAUUAUGCCGGUGCGGGUCAGGAUGUCUUUGCUGGAUAUGGAGUGAGGAAUCGUCAGCGGUUGAUGGAGAUUCAGGGGAGGUAUGAUCCAGAGGGGGUGUUCACUCGACUACAGCCCGGUGGAUUCAAAGUCCAAGAUUUAUAG